CCUUUGAUUCCUUGUCAAAAUUGGUAACGUCAGCCUUGCCUGCCUGUGACGGUAACAUUUUCACUGCUAGAAGAUGCUACACCUGUUAUAACCUGGCGCUUCGUUUCAUCGGACAAUCCCACCCAUUUAACUACCAUCACGUGUCAUGGAGCCUCCCACUCUUUUGCUGACGUGGUGUCCGUUUCACUCUCCGAUUUGACCAACCCAGCUAACUCCUUCGCUGACUGCCAUCCACACCUUUAUUUUUUUAAUCCAUUCUCCGUAGAAAAGGAAAAUACAUUCUCUCUCCAGAUUUUAGAUGAAUUUGAAAAGACGAAAGAAAGCAAAGCUGGACCACCGGAUAUCGGCACGUUUCGACGAGAAGAGGCCCUUGAGCUGAGCAAAUCGAGUUCUGGCAUUUUCACCAGUAGUUUUCUAUUGCCGAUAUGGGGGUGCCGAGCGACGACGCCGUCUUGAUCCAUAAAGGAAAGAAGCCAGGAGAGCCUCAUCAAAUCACGGUUAAUUGUCCCGAUAAGCAUGGCCUGGCGUGCGAUAUUUGCCGUAUAAUUCUUGAUUUCGGUCUUUACAUCACCAAGGGAGAUGUUUCAACGGAUGGAAUAUGGUGCUAUAUGGUGUUUUGGGUGGUUCCUCAUUCGAGCUCACCUUUUGUAAGGUGGCCGAGUUUGAAGAACCGCCUUCAGUCCUUAUGUCCAUCUUGUUCUCUGACAUUUUACUUGAAUGAUCAACCUUCGCACUCUGUGGCUUCUCCGGUUUACUUGUUGAAGUUCUUUCGCCUUGAUCGGAAAGGAUUGUUACAUGAUGUCACACAGGUUCUCUGUGAGCUCGAGUUCACAAUUCAAAAGGUGAAAGUUACAACAACCCCCGAUGGCAGAGUCCUUGACCUGUUCUUUAUAACUGAUAACAUGGAGCUUUUACACACCAAAGAACGACAGGAUGACACAUAUAAACAAUUAAAUGCUGUGUUGGGUGAAUCAUGUAUCAGUUGUGAACUCAAGUUGGCAGGUCCUGAGUAUGAAUGUCAUCAUGGUAUCUCAUCUCUUUCUCCUGCUGUAGCGGAGGAGUUAUUUCGUUUUGAGCUAUCAGAUAAAGACACCCGUCAACAAGCUCUUAGCCCAGAUAUGAUAAAAUUGAAGAAAGCAAAUGUUGUAGUAGACAAUUCAUUGAGGCCAGCUCAUACAUUGCUUCAAAUACAUUGUGCUGAUCACAAAGGUCUUUUCUAUGAUGUGUUGAGAACUUUGAAAGACUGCAAUAUCAAGAUAGCUUAUGGACGGUUCUCACCAAAUUCCAACGGCUAUCGUGAUUUAGACCUCUUUAUUCAGCAAAAGGGUGGGAAAAAGAUUGUGGAUCCUGAGACGCAAAAUGGGUUAUGUUCUCGUCUGAAGGUUGAAAUGCUUCACCCAUUGCGUGUCAUCAUUUCAAACCAGGGGCCAGUUACUGAACUACUGGUUGCUAAUCCAGUUGAGUUAUCUGGAAAGGGAAGACCACGGGUUUUCUACGAUGUUACACUAGCUCUAAAGGCUCUUGGGAUUUGCAUAUUCUCGGCUGAAAUUGGAAGACAUUCGAGUUCAGGUCUUGAAUGGGAAGUCUAUAGAUUUCUUUUGGAUGAGAACUGCAGAUUCCAAUUAUCUAGUAUGGUAGCUAGAAAUCAGAUUGUAGAUAGAGUUAGAAGAAUGCUAAUGGGUUGGUAAGUGGAGUUUAUCUUCUUUGUACCUGGAUUAUGUGUCCUACCAUCACAUAAAACUCUUUCCCCUGCUUUCACUUUGAGUUUUAAUGAUCUGUAGAGGUAGGGUCCUAACCUACCCAGGCUCCCGUGCUAUGCGCUAACCCCCAAUCAUAUCUUGAUGCGUUUGGCUUGUAUUUUCAAAUAAACCUUCAUUUAAUAACCUAUGUUGAGCACAUGUCAGUUCAAAUAUGUGUGCUCUUUAUUUGUUGUAGAGAGCGAAAUAAAUUUUCUGAGAUUUACUA